AUGAUCUAUGAAGGUAAAGUCUUCGGAGACGACAGGCUACCCUUCGACGCGAUUUGUCGGAGCGUGGAGCCAAUAGCGAAAAGUUUAGAUGUACCAUUAAACAGCGCCGCUGACUGGAUUGAAACAUGGGAGGACUAUAUGAAUCGUCCAAAUAUCGCACACAUUCUUUUCGACAGACCUGAAAAGCUCCCUAUUGACUUCAUCAGUUCUGACACUUACUCACAAUCGCGAAAUAAUUAUCCGUCACCGUAUUCUUUUGAAUCGGUUGAUUGGAGCAACAUUGCAUAUAAGCCACAAAGAAAUACUGAGCCAGAUCAGAAAAAUUGUCGAAGAUCUCGGAGUUCUAACAGGGAACCACAUCAUCAUAAGUAUCACGCCCGGGAGCGAUAUGUCUCCAGAGAUUUAGAAUCUUCUGAUGAUGGUUCGAAUUACAGCGAGGAAGAGGAGGUGUUUCAUGGACCCCGAUCAGCAAGACAUUCUCGCUUACCUAGAGAGUACAGACAAGACGAUGAGCCAAGUGAAAAGCCUGAAAACAAGAAGUUGAAGUAUGCAGGUAUGAUUGCUGAAACGGUGACAGCUAAUGCCAUUGGAGAUGUGUUUGGGUUGAUAUUCGAGUCUGUUAUUGGGGCUAUUUUGUAG